AUAAGAAAUAGCCUUUCUGCCCGUGGACGCCGCCGAAGAAGCAUCGUUAAAGUCUCUCUUCUCCCUGCCGUCAUGUCUAAGUCAGAGUCUCCUAAAGAGCCCGAACAGCUGAGGAAGCUCUUCAUUGGAGGGUUGAGCUUUGAAACAACCGAUGAGAGCCUGAGGAGCCAUUUUGAGCAAUGGGGAACGCUCACGGACUGUGUGGUAAUGAGAGAUCCAAACACCAAGCGUUCCAGGGGCUUUGGGUUUGUCACAUAUGCCACUGUGGAGGAGGUGGAUGCAGCUAUGAAUGCAAGGCCACACAAGGUGGACGGAAGAGUUGUGGAACCAAAGAGAGCUGUCUCAAGAGAAGAUUCUCAAAGACCAGGUGCCCACUUAACUGUGAAAAAGAUAUUUGUUGGUGGCAUUAAAGAAGACACUGAAGAACAUCACCUAAGAGAUUAUUUUGAACAGUAUGGGAAAAUUGAAGUGAUUGAAAUCAUGACCGACCGAGGCAGUGGCAAGAAAAGGGGCUUUGCCUUUGUAACCUUUGAUGACCAUGACUCCGUGGAUAAGAUUGUCAUUCAGAAAUACCAUACUGUGAAUGGCCACAACUGUGAAGUUAGGAAAGCCCUGUCAAAGCAAGAGAUGGCUAGUGCUUCAUCCAGCCAAAGAGGUCGAAGUGGUUCUGGAAACUUUGGUGGUGGUCGUGGAGGUGGUUUCGGUGGGAAUGACAACUUCGGUCGUGGAGGAAACUUCAGUGGUCGUGGUGGCUUUGGUGGCAGCCGUGGUGGUGGUGGAUAUGGUGGCAGUGGGGAUGGCUAUAAUGGAUUUGGUAAUGAUGGAAGCAAUUUUGGAGGUGGUGGAAGCUACAAUGAUUUUGGCAAUUACAACAAUCAGUCUUCAAAUUUUGGACCCAUGAAGGGAGGAAAUUUUGGAGGCAGAAGCUCUGGCCCCUAUGGCGGUGGAGGCCAAUACUUUGCAAAACCACGAAACCAAGGUGGCUAUGGCGGUUCCAGCAGCAGCAGUAGCUAUGGCAGUGGCAGAAGAUUUUAAUUAGGAAACAAAGCUAAGCAGGAGAGGAGAGCCAGAGAAGUGACAGGGAAGCUACAGGUUACAACAGAUUUGUGAACUCAGCCAAGCACAGUGGUGGCAGGGCCUAGCUGCUACAAAGAAGACAUGUUUUAGACAAAUACUCAUGUGUAUGGGCAAAAAACUCGAGGACUGUAUUUGUGACUAAUUGUAUAACAGGUUAUUUUAGUUUCUGUUCUGUGGAAAGUGUAAAGCAUUCCAACAAAGGGUUUUAAUGUAGAUUUUUUUUUUUUUGCACCCAUGCUGUUGAUUGCUAAAUGUAAUAGUCUGAUCGUGACGCUGAAUAAAUGUCUUUUUUUUAAUGUGCUGUGUAAAGUUAGUCUACUCUGAAGCCAUCUUGGUAAAUUUCCCCAACAGUGUGAAGUUAGAAUUCCUUCAGGGUGAUGCCAGGUUCUAUUUGGAAUUUAUAUACAACCUGCUUGGGUGGAGAAGCCAUUGUCUUCGGAAACCUUGGUGUAGUUGAACUGAUAGUUACUGUUGUGACCUGAAGUUCACCAUUAAAAGGGAUUACCCAAGCAAAAUCAUGGAAUUACUGGUUAUAAAAGUGAUUGUUGGCACAUCCUAUGCAAUAUAUCUAAAUUGAAUAAUGGUACCAGAUAAAAUUAUAGAUGGGAAUGAAGCUUGUGUAUCAUCCAUUAUCAUGUGUAAUCAAUAAACGAUUUAAUUCUCUUGAAAAAAA